GAGCGGGAAAACAAAAGGAGACAAAGGACGCAUGCGUUGAGUGAGUCCGGAUUCUGGUGGGUUCUUCCGCUCCGGCCUGGAGAAGCGCUUCCGGGUCGCCGCCGGCUGCCGGCUCCGGGCGCGAUGAGGAAACUGAGGCCCAGAGAGGUUAAGUGUACUGGCCAAAGUCAAACAGCUAGUAAGUGGUGGAGCCAGGACUCAAACUCAGUCUAGGAGCCAUGUCCACCUUGUUCCCCUCACUCUUCCCCCGGGUGACUGAGACACUGUGGUUUAAUCUGGAUCGACCCUGUGUGGAGGAGACAGAGCUGCAGCAGCAGGAGCAGCAACAUCAGGCCUGGCUCCAAAGCAUUGCAGAGAAAGACAACAACCUGGUACCUAUUGGCAAGCCAGCCUCAGAGCACUAUGACGAUGAGGAAGAGGAGGAUGAUGAAGACGAUGAGGACAGUGAAGAGGAUUCAGAGGAUGAUGAGGACAUGCAGGACAUGGAUGAGAUGAAUGAUUAUAAUGAGUCACCUGAUGAUGGAGAGGUCAAUGAGGUGGACAUGGAAGGCAACGAACAGGAUCAGGACCAGUGGAUGAUCUAGGUAGACAAGGCAGGGUGGCCUCAGGGUGAUUCCAGGCCACUCCGACCUACCUUGUAUCCACAGCCUCAGCCCCUCAGCCCUCAAAACCUGCUUGCAGCUGCAGUACCUAAAGCUUUCCCUUAGGUACUUCCUCAGCAGCUGCCAGGACAUGGUCUCCUUGGGCCCUUCCAGGCCGUUGGUCUUCCCUUGACUCCCUAGAGCCUGAGUCCACCCCACCUUCCUGGCCAGUACCUCAUUCCUUGGUUGCCAGGUUUGGUCCCUUUUUAACCCUCUUUAAUAAAGACAUAGGACUGAUUCUUUUCC